AAGCAGCUACCACCGCCACCAUGCAAGCCCUCCAAUCCCCAUCUAUACGAGCAUCCCCUCUAAGUCCCUUCCACAAGAAAUCCCACAAUGCAACGAAACCUCCAACUAAAAAAAUUUCCUUCAUUACUGCAUCAUCUACCAAUAACUCUACUGUUACAGCCCCAAAGCGCGAGAAAGACCCUAAAAAAAGGGUCGUGAUUACGGGUAUGGGUUUGGUUUCUGUCUUUGGGAAUGAUGUAGAUGCUUACUAUGAUAAGUUGCUCGCUGGAGAAAGUGGGAUCGGACCCAUCGACCGGUUCGAUGCCUCUAAAUUUCCGACCCGGUUUGCUGGACAGAUCCGGGGGUUUGGUGCACAAGGGUAUAUUGAUGGGAAGAAUGAUAGGAGACUCGAUGAUUGUUUGAGGUAUUGCAUUGUUGCAGGUAAGAAGUCUCUCGAACAUGCGGAUCUUGGCGGGGAUAAUCUAUCAAAGGUUGAUAAAGAGCGAGCUGGUGUGCUUGUUGGAACUGGAAUGGGUGGUCUUACAGUCUUUUCUGAUGGUGUUCAGGCUCUAAUUGAGAAAGGACACAGGAAAAUUACCCCAUUCUUUAUUCCUUAUGCUAUUACAAACAUGGGGUCUGCGUUGCUUGCAAUGGAAAUUGGUUUCAUGGGUCCAAAUUAUUCGAUCUCAACUGCUUGUGCUACCUCCAAUUAUUGUUUCUAUGCUGCUGCCAAUCACAUUCGCCGAGGUGAGGCUGAUUUGAUGAUUGCUGGUGGAACUGAAGCCGCUAUCAUUCCUAUUGGUUUGGGAGGUUUUGUAGCAUGUAGGGCCUUAUCUCAAAGGAAUGAUGAUCCACAAACUGCUUCAAGGCCUUGGGAUAGAGAUCGCGAUGGCUUUGUUAUGGGUGAAGGUGCUGGAGUGUUGGUGAUGGAGAGCUUGGAACAUGCAAUGAAAAGGGGUGCACCAAUUAUAGCCGAAUACUUGGGAGGUGCUGUAAACUGCGAUGCUUAUCACAUGACUGAUCCAAGAGCUGAUGGACUUGGGGUCUCUUCAUGCAUUGAAAGAAGUCUUGAAGAUGCCGGUGUCUCACCUGAAGAGGUUAACUACAUAAAUGCACAUGCAACUUCCACCCUUGCUGGUGACCUUGCUGAGAUAAAUGCUAUAAAAAAAGUAUUCAAGGAUACAUCUGAGAUCAAAAUCAAUGCAACCAAGUCUAUGAUAGGGCAUUGCCUUGGUGCUGCUGGAGGUCUGGAAGCAAUUGCCUGUGCAAAGGCCAUAACCACAGGAUGGUUGCAUCCCACUAUUAACCAAUUUAAUCCAGAGCCAUCUGUUGAAUUUGACACUGUUGCCAAUAAGAAGCAGCAGCAUGAAGUGAAUGUCGCCAUUUCAAAUUCCUUUGGGUUUGGUGGACACAACUCUGUCGUGGCCUUUUCUGCAUUCAAGCCCUGAGCAUCUGGCUUGUCUCCAUAUCUUUUUACUGCAUUUCUCGUAGGAGCCUGUUUUUGUUACUUGAGAGGAGUUGCUUAUGGACUAGGUUUAACGAGGCUUCAUCGAUUAACUUGAGUUACUGAUAGUCAUUUUCUUCCAUCCAUUUGUAGUAGUCACUCCCAAUAAUUUGGAUAUGAACUGUAUCUUAAGGUGGUUGGUCUUCUUUCCUUCCUUUUUUUUUUUUUCUUUCUUUAAGAAAGAAUUUUUGUAUUGUAGUUAUAUUUUCAUUUUUCAGUUACUUGGAACUUCAGCUUGAGGUCUAUGAAGCUGGUGGGUUUGUUCUAUUCUAAAUUAUAUGGCGUAUACAAGCAAUUGUAGAAGUCUUUGAUUUA